AUGAAAGUAAACUAUCCUAUACCUUGCAGCUAUUGGAUUGACCCGAACGGUGGUCCUGCGACGGAUGCCAUAAAAGCACGGUGCAUUUUCUACGACGAUGGCAAUGUCGAGACCUGCAUCGAAUCUGGCAUGCCAUCAGAAAAUUUGGCCACGUACCGAAAACCCCUGCCCGGUGAGAGCCAUUGGCAGAGUCAUAUGCGCGUAGAAAAUGCCAUUAAACCGCCAGAUCUACAUGAUCAGAACCCUCACACCCAGGUAAACAUGCUACGGAUUCAACACCGCUUUGCAAGCCAAGAGAUUGAGUUCUUCUGUGAGGGUACGACCAUCUUCGGUGGCAUGGACUAUGAAACCGGGGAGGUCGACAUGUCCAAGGCGACCAGUUUCCUGGCGCAUAAUGAGCGUAUUAUUGACCUAACCAGGGGCAAAAGCCUUGGAGCCAGUCACGGGUUCAUGGACGAAAUCGUCUUUGAAGAUGCCCUGCGACGAAAGGACCUUACGGUGCAGUUGGAAUAUGAUGGCUGCCGGUACCGAUCCUCAGGCGCCACAACGAAAAUACGCAUUGAGACAAAGAAUCCCGAGUUGCUGCCUAUCAUUGAUUUCACUGUACGCGACUUUGAUGAGAAUGGCAGGAGCACACUCAGUUUAGAAGCAAAGUCUCUCUGCUUCCGAAACUAG